AGCAGCAUAUUUCCCCACUUUUGAUGUUCACGCGAGAUUUUCCGAGAGGAUAAGUUGAGGGAACAUGGCGGCGCCGUCUAAUUUGCUGAAGAACAAAGGCUCCCUCCAGUUCGAGGAUAAAUGGGACCUGAUGCGCCCCAUCGUCCUGAAGCUGCUGCGCCAGGAGUCCGUCACCAAGCAGCAGUGGUUCGACCUCUUCUCGGACGUCCAUGCGGUCUGCCUGUGGGACGACAAAGGACCCGCUAAGAUCCACCAGGCGCUGAAGGAGGACAUCCUAGACUUCAUCAAACAGGCUCAGGCACGGGUGCUGAGUCACCAGGACGACACGGCGCUCCUCAAGGCCUACAUCGUGGAGUGGAGGAAGUUCUUCACUCAGUGCGACAUCCUGCCCAAGCCGUUCUGCCAGCUGGAGAUCACUCUGAUGGGCAAGCAGGGCAGCAACAAGAAGUCCAGCGUCGAGGACAGCAUCGUCCGCAAGCUCAUGCUGGACACGUGGAACGAGUCCAUCUUCUCCAACAUCAAGAGCCGUCUGCAGGACAGCGCCAUGAAGCUGGUCCACGCCGAGCGGCUGGGCGAGGCCUUCGACUCGCAGCUCGUCAUCGGAGUACGGGAGUCCUACGUGAACUUGUGCUCCAACCCUGAGGACAAGCUGCAGAUCUACAGAGAUAACUUUGAGAAGGCGUACAUGGACUCCACUGAGAGGUUCUACAGAACCCAGGCGCCGUCCUACCUGCAGCAGAACGGAGUCCAGAACUACAUGAAAUACGCGGACUCGAAGCUGAGGGAAGAGGAGAAACGAGCGCUGCGAUAUCUGGAGACACGACGCGACUGCAACUCCGUCCAAGCUCUGAUGGAUUGCUGCGUAAAUGCUUUGGUGACGUCCUUCAAGGAGACCAUCUUAGCCGAGUGUCCAGGCAUGAUCAAACGAAACGAAACCGACAAGCUCCGCCUCAUGUUCUCCCUGAUGGACAAGGUUCCCAGCGGCAUCGAUCCGAUGCUGAAGGAUCUGGAGGAGCACAUCAUGAGUGCCGGCCUGGCCGACAUGGUGGCUUCGGCCGAGACCAUCACCUCGGAUUCAGAGAAAUAUGUGGAGCAGCUGCUGACUCUGUUUAACCGCUUCAGUCGGCUGGUGAAGGAAGCCUUCCAGGACGACCCGCGCUUCCUCACUGCCAGAGACAAAGCGUACAAAGCUGUGGUGAACGACGCCACCAUCUUUAAGCUGGAGCUUCCCAUGAAGCAGAAAGGGGUGGGGAUGAAAACUCAGCCGGAGUCCAAGUGUCCGGAGCUGCUGGCCAACUACUGCGACAUGCUGCUGAGGAAGACACCGCUGAGCAAGAAGCUGACCUCAGAGGAGAUCGAGGCCAAGCUCAAGGAAGUGCUUCUGGUUCUGAAGUACGUCCAGAACAAAGACGUGUUCAUGCGGUACCAUAAAGCCCACCUGACCCGCCGCCUCAUCCUGGACAUCUCGGCCGACAGCGAGAUUGAGGAGAACAUGGUGGAGUGGCUCCGGGAAGUGGGGAUGCCGGCGGACUACGUCAACAAGCUGGCCCGGAUGUUCCAGGACAUUAAGGUGUCCGAGGAUCUCAACCAGUCCUUCAAGGAGAUGCACAAACACAACAAGCUGGCGCUGCCAGCGGACUCAGUGAACAUAAAGAUCCUGAACGCGGGCGCGUGGUCGCGCAGCAGCGAGAAGGUGUUUGUGUCUCUGCCCACGGAGCUGGAGGACCUGAUCCCGGAGGUGGAGGACUUCUACAAGAAGAACCACAGCGGCAGGAAGCUGCACUGGCACCACCUCAUGUCCAACGGCAUCAUCACCUUCAAGAACGAAGUGGGCCAGUACGACCUGGAGGUCACGACCUUCCAGCUGGCUGUGCUGUUCGCCUGGAACCAGCGGCCCAGAGAACGCAUCAGCUUCGAGAACCUGAAGCUAGCCACGGAGCUGCCCGACGCCGAGCUGCGACGGACGCUCUGGUCGCUGGUGGCGUUCCCCAAGCUGAAGCGCCAGGUUCUGCUGUACGACCCGGCGGUGUCCUCACCCAAAGACUUCGCAGAGGGAACGCUGUUCUCCGUCAACCAGGAGUUUUCUCUCAUAAAAAACUCAAAGGUCCAGAAGAGAGGAAAGAUCAAUCUGAUUGGUCGACUGCAGCUCACCACCGAGCGAAUGAGAGAGGAGGAGAACGAAGGCAUCGUCCAGCUCCGGAUCCUCAGGACUCAGGAGGCCAUCAUCCAGAUCAUGAAGAUGCGGAAGCGCAUCAACAACGCCCAGCUGCAGACGGAGCUGGUGGAGAUCCUCAAGAACAUGUUUUUACCACAGAAGAAGAUGAUCAAGGAGCAGAUUGAAUGGCUGAUAGACCACAAGUACAUAAAGCGGGACGAGACGGACAUAAACACCUUUAUCUACAUGGCGUAGCGCCGUCGGGUCUGAGCUUCCACUGGGCCGGGCCUGAUGGACUCCAGAACAUUUUCAGGACUCCCAGACUGCUGAACAGAACUUCGUUUGUUUACUGCAGGGAGGCUGAGUUCAGACGAGACGAAACAAACUUCCUGCCUUAAACCUGUACACAGAAAAUCGGCAGCAGAAGAAGCUGCGUCUCUGAUGCCGGGUCUCCACAGGUUCUAUAGAACCACGACUGCGACUACACUCCUGGUCCGGGUUUGAGGAAGCCGCAGAACCUCUGCAGUCCGACCCAAAUCCAGACCACUUGAACUGAAUCGCUGCCAUGUUUUCCUCAGACGCGAUGCUGCUAAGUGACCCGGUCGCUCUGGUUCCACACGGUUCUGAUCCGACAUGAUCGGAACUGCUGCUCGGAUUCAUUCUGGGUCAUCCUCAGAGAAACACUUCAAAGGUCAGAGAGGUGCUGGACCCAAACAAAGGGCUGGCUCCGCCCAUAUCGGGCUGCUGGCUCCGCCCACAUCUGGGUUCUGUGCUGCAGAAAAUCAGAUUAUUUCAAAUUAUUCUUAAUUCUUGUUUUUCAUCCACUUUUAGAGACUGAAUCAGAAAAUCACCAAAAUAAAAACACAAUUAAUUCCUUAAAUUCAACUCAGAACUCAAACUGAACACACUCUGAUGUUAUUCAAGCCUUUAUUUCUGCUAGUUUUCAUGAUUUCUCAGAUAAUUACAAUAUAACAUCUGACCUUUACUCUUCAAAAACACAAAAUAUUACCCGAAAGUAUUUUUUAUGUGUAGUUUCUAUUGAUAAUAUUUUGGUAUAUCUGAAAUAACACAAAAGUAACUUUUUGGCAAGAUAUAGCAGCUUGUUUUACGUCAAUAAUUCCUUAAUAUUGUUGAAUAGUUCUUGUUCCACAGGCAAAUUUCACUUAAAACUUGAGGAAAACGUCUU